UGUCGACGACGUAGGCGCGCACGCAGUCACGCGUGUGCACGCGAGAUUACGAACGACGCCGUUUACACCGAAACGGCGAGCAGCAAUUGCGGGCCAGCUGUGGGGCUCUCUCUCCAGAAUCCGAGGCCCCGUUCCUCGCUGACGGUCCCAACUCGCCUCGGAUACCUGCCACCAGGUGUCUCCACGAGCAGUGCCCAGCAGCAAGAGGCAGGAGCAGUCGUCGGGGCGCCUUCGCACCGCCAGCAUCGCGCGCGUUUCUCCUCGUUGUCGUUUCUACAUUUCUCCACGUUCGCCGCGAGCAUCCCUCGACGAUCGCACGCGAAAUCCAGCCGUGAAAUCGCCGAACCGGCAUGAGGUUUGCAACUCGAGUCGUCGUCGGCUAGUGAACCAACGAUCGAACCUGACACCCCCCCCCCCCUCCCCCGCCCUGUCACCAAGGAAAAUCGUCGGAUCAAAUCCUUCACCCUCGCCAAUGCUGUCGGCAACACGUCGGCAGUUGCUCGACCUGACCCGUGACGAUUCUAGCGACGGGGAAGGAUGCAACAGCAGCAGCAACAGCAGCAGCAGCAACAUCAGCACCAGGACCAGGAGCAGGACCGAGGGAUCGUAACGGUCCUGUCGUCCUCCUCUUCCUCCUCUUCCAUAUCCGCCAGCACCGAGCAGCACCGAGACGCCGCAGUUAGCGUGACAGAAACCGGACUGCCGAAUCUCACGUUACAAAGCGUGGCACUUGGACUCCAAGGAGCUCUCCUCGCCGCCCUCCAAAGGGUCGCUCUACUUCCGCCCGGUCAUGCCGCCGCCGCGGCCCUCAAUCUUCAGGCACUGGAGACCUAUCUGACUCUUCAUCGUCUUCAUGCAAGCAGCGCCGCGCCUGGUGUCGGCCAAUCCUCUGCCUCGGGGCUCGCUAAUCACAGGUGUUCACCGGUUAACGUGGAGGCCGCGUUCACCGCUGCCACACCGUCGAAGAACGAUCAGCUAGGUGCCGAACGACUGCUGCAGUCCACCGACGACGAGGAGGACGCCCGGUUGGACUUCAUCGGCGAUCCGGACGAUGAUCUGGCUCUGCUCGAGGAGCAGGAAGCGCUGUUGAGGGACACUUCCGUUGGCACGUCGUCGUCGAGCAAUCACGAGGCGCUGCUGCGACGGAUAUCGGAAGGGAAUCGCGCGAAUUCGAGUUCGACUGGCGUCGCCGCGGCACCGCAGUCGUCGCAGAUAGCCGUCUCGUCGUUCGCUUCGUCGUCGUCAGCCUGCUCCUCGUCUCCGUCGUCGUCGUUGACCUCCUCGUCGCCGCUACAAGCCACGUCCACCUCUGCGGCCGAGACGAGCAUACCACGGACAUGCAGGGUCGCCAGACCGAAGAAGCAAUUCAUCUGCAAGUUCUGCAGUCGGCAGUUCACCAAGAGCUACAAUCUGCUGAUACACGAGAGAACGCACACCGACGAGCGGCCGUACUCGUGCGACAUUUGCGGAAAGGCUUUCCGACGGCAGGAUCACCUGAGGGAUCACAGGUACAUCCACAGCAAGGAGAAGCCGUUCAAAUGCGCGGAAUGCGGCAAGGGAUUCUGCCAGAGCAGGACGCUCGCGGUGCACAAGAUCCUCCACAUGGAGGAGUCGCCGCACAAGUGUCCCGUUUGUGCCAGGAGUUUCAACCAGAGGAGCAACCUGAAGACCCACCUUCUCACGCACACGGACAUCAAGCCAUACCACUGCGCCUCCUGCGGCAAGGUGUUCCGCAGGAACUGCGACCUCAGGAGGCACUCGUUGACGCACAAUUUGGGGGUAUCGACGUCGCCGCCGCCGCUGCCAGGCACCGGGGCCGUCGUUCUACAGGAGACGUCCUAGUGAUACUGUCGACCGAUAGCGAUAGAAAUUUGUUCUCGCACGAGAGUGAGAGAGAGAGAGAGAGAGAGAGAGAAAUUGUUCAGGUGGGUUCGUUUCGCUCAUCCGAUCGAUUUCAGAGUCACUUGGACCAGAGUCUUAUCGCGCGACUCCUCGAACCUCUUUAGCCAUUUAGGAUUCGGUCCGAAUGAACGACGCUGUUUUCGUCUUUUUUUUUCCCCGAGCGUAGACGACGCUGCGGCGUCUCGCGGGCAAAUCUGAGCAUCAGGUAAAUUUGAUUAUUCGAUUUCUUUCGUAGAAUUCUCCGUCAUUCUUAACCACUGCCCAUUGCGCUGGCAACUGGUCGCGCGGACCGUAACGAGCGACCAAAAUACGUGUACAAUAAUUCGUCGCUUUCGUUUCCUUUCGAACUCGUCGGUGUGACGUCAUCUGGAUAGAAAUUAUUGAGAAGUAAUAUACUUGCUCGUUUGUUUUGUCUGUGUUACGUUUAAUUAGACUUAAAACUGAGAAUAUGUUGCAAUUUUGGGACGUCGUUCCAGCGCGAGAGGUUAAGAAUGAUUUGAAAAUAGAAAACCUAUGCAAAUAAGGUGUGACUUUCAAGUAACAACGAAUAAAGAAUGUAAUUGAUUUUAUUUUAAAACGACUGUGCAAAUUUGUUCUAAAUAUUUCUCAUAAAGAUACUGACUAAAGUACUCAAAACUCGUAUUUUCUUGUAAAUUGCGGUACAUGUUAGGAAUUCUAAUAUCUAUUUACAGUUGAAAUUCGAUAAGAUUGCCGGCAACUCCACAGUGUCGUUGUAAUCAAUAAUUCUACAAAAAGUGUCGUGAUUCAAAUUCACAAAGUUUGAGAAAGAAAAACGACAAAAAUUUGGUUUCAAAUAACCCUCUGGGAAGUCGAAGGAGAAAAUUUGAUAUUUGUUACAAAAGUAUAAAAACCUGCAAAGAGUUAUGAAUCACGGACGAGAAUCAAUGAACUCCUGCCUAACGAAUUACUCGAUUCGCGACUCGAAUGAAUUAAGAUUAAAAAUUGUAAUAACGAAACACGAAGUUUCUUCAUUGAAAAUUCUAUCAUACUGAUUCUUUCCUUCUACAACUCGUUUCCACGAGUUAACUCUUAACAGAGUCACGGGACUCUGAAAAUUUUGCAAUUUCCCAAUUAAAAUUUCAUUCUCGAUCAAUUUUACGAUUAAGAAUUACUCGAUCGAUAUGCUUGAUCGCGACGAAAUACAAAUGUUCCACUCUAUCGGCGAUGUCGCUUAAAUUUGUCUCGAACGUGUCAUUCGUGAUAGAAUACGAUUUGAUAGGUGGUUGUUAUCACAUAAAUGAAAUAUACGCGAGACUCGUUACUGUCCUUGAUUUUUUAAACGUGUACUUAGCUGCGUAUGUAUUUCGUAGUUGUUAAUAUACGUAGGGUAUAAUUAUAACUGCAUAUCAGGAUGUUAUUCACGGAUUCAUGAUCGUUAGAUUUGUAAUUAUGUUACGCACGACGUAUUAUAUGUAUAGGUAGCUCGGAGUAGGACAUACAAGAGGGUCGCCCUCGUAUUUUUUUUUUUUUCUCACACUGUGUACCUACGUGCCCAUGUUGUGUUUCGUUUGUACGUGUAAAAUAAACUUUUAUUAUAUUAUU